AUUGUGAAUCACAGAUUACGAUUCAAAAGACAUCCAUGCAUGAAUCACAGCUUGUUUGAAUUAUUAAUGACUUGUAUGGACAAUGAUCCUCUGAGACGACCUGACAUGGUGACUAUUCACAGAAGACUUGAUGAAAUAACUGACAAUACCAAUACAUAUCCUUCAGAGACUACUGACCAACAUCACCAUGGUCACAGUGAUGAUGAAUAUGUGUACUGCACAAAAAACAAUCAAAAGAAUCCAUCACAUUGUAAAGAUGUAGAUUCUCAUAUCCAAGGUUUGGAAUUAACAAAAAAUAGAAGAGAAUCACCAUAUAAGGAAGUAGAAUUGCCAUAUAAGGAAUUAGACUUACCAUAUAAGCUUAAAGGUCUGGAAACAUUAUACAGAAAAUCAUAUCACAUGACUUCACAUCCGCCUCCACCAGAUUUGCUACCCACAGGACAUCAUACUAGGGCAUUACUAAUAAAAGAAGACAUUGUUGAUAUAGACCAUAUAAUUAUGAAACAAGAUAAAUUAGAGUGUGAUGAGAAGUCAUUGACCCCAGAAGACAAGCCAGAAGUAUUUGGCCAGGUUAUUGAAAAUUCUAUGGAUACAACGCCCAAUUGUUUAUCAGAGAAACUACCUGAUGGCAUGGGAGACUUCUAUCUCCAAGAUGUCAUGCCAAGCAUAAACUGUUGUACAUAUGUGACCGAGGUCAAAGGUCUUAUGUAUGAAAGAAAAUAUCUG